AUGGCAGGGUGCUUUUGGACAAUAUUGUUUCUUCUCUCUGCCCUUUUCCUUCAGACAGAGCAGACAGUGUUUAUCUCAGCUGAAGAUGCAAACAACGUUAUCAAGAGACAGAGGCGUGCCAGCACCCUACUUUUGGAGGAGGUCCUCCAAGGCAGCUUGGAAAGGGAAUGCCUUGAAGAGAGAUGUACGCACGAAGAAGCAAGAGAAGUAUUUGAAAAUGAUGAAAUGCUCAAAAUGUUUUGGGAUGCCUACUACGGGGGCGGGAGGUGCUCAUCGAGCCCCUGCCAGCACAACGGCGUGUGCGAGGACAGCAUUCGUGGCUACACCUGCACCUGUGCCGAGGGCUACGAGGGAGAGAACUGUGCUUUCGCUAAAAAUGAAUGUCAUCACCAAGCAAAGGAAGGAUGUCACCACUUCUGCUACCCGGGAAGUCAUUCCUACCGUUGCUCCUGCGCUGAUGGCUAUGAGCUUGGGAAGGAUAAAAAACAGUGUAUCGCAUUAGAUCAAUGUGCAUGUGGCAGACUUCAAGACAGUGAUAAUCUGAUAAGCGAAACCAGGAAGAAACGUGAUGAACGAUUUCCUUGGCAGGUGCUGCUGCUAAACCCGGAAGGGAAGGGCUUCUGUGGAGGAGUGCUGCUAAAAAGUAGCUUUGUACUGACUACAGCAGAGUGUGCCCUUCUGCAUAGCCAUUUUGAAAUCAGGGUUGUCGCUGGGCGCAAUGGAACAAGUGGAACCGAGAAGAUAAUGCAAGUUAGGGAGAAACACGUACACAUCCGGUAUGAUGAAGACACUGGCGAGAACAACGUUGCAUUACUACAACUCCAAGAGCAUGUUGAGUGCAACAACCACCAGCUUCCUGUAUGCAUCCCUGAAAGAGAUUUUGCAGAACACGUUUUAAUUCCAAAACUGGCUGGUACAGUCAGUGGCUGGAGAAUGGAAGGUGAUGAUCUUCAAGGUGAAGAGUUGCAGGUUUCAUACCUUCCUGCCGAGGACUGCAAACAAAUACUCAAUGUAAGCCUCACAAACAGGCAGUUUUGUGGACAUCUCCAGGAAGCCGUAGACAAACGACUGGCUGGAGGAAGCUUUUUAGCUACCGAGUAUAAGGGAACUUGGUUUCUGACUGGUAUCCUGGGAUCUUGGCCACUAGAAGACAUGGACUGGGAAACACUGCUAUUCACUAACACUGCGAGGUAUAUGAUAUGGUUUAAACAAAAAAUGAAGUAA